ACCAGCGGAUGUAACAUCUCAACUGAAGAGACUCUGACUCCGUGUCCGCUCACCGUAUCAUCCGCGGAGAACUGGGCAGCCGUUACCCACGAUACCCGGCCACGUCUUCCCGCCUCCCGCAGGAUGAGUGUCGGCGCUCCGAGAGGCCUGGCCAGCUCGGGGCAGAAGCCCAUCGCCGAGAUCCUACACCCGCUGUCCGCCGCCGAGGAGCCGCUCUCCCCGGGGCCAGAUGUCACCGUUAGCGUCGGAGGGGACAAGGAAGCGGUGUUGAGCAACGGCACGCCGGUGGAGACGUCCAGCCCCGCCUCGGCGUCCUCGCUGUUCAACAGGCUACAGCUGGACGAUGACCCGGAAGCAGACGCCCAGGACCCUUACGCCUCCACGGAAACCCGUGACCUUUUUGUCACAGUCGAUGACCCAAAGAAGCACGUCUCCACCAUGGAGACCUACAUCACCUACAGAGUCUCCACCAAGACGACAAGGACAGAGUUUGACUUGCCAGAGUACUGCGUGCGACGACGCUACCAGGACUUUGACUGGCUGCGGAUCAAGUUGGAAGACAGCCAGCCGACCCACCUCAUCCCACCACUGCCGGAGAAGUUUGUGAUGAAGGGCGUAGUUGAUCGUUUUUCGGAGGAGUUUGUGGAGACGAGGAUGAAAGCUCUGGACAAGUUCCUGAAGCGAGUUGCCGACCAUCCCGUCCUCUCUUUCAACCCGCAUCUAAACGCUUUCCUGUCUGCCAAGGACCUGAACAAGCGUCAGGGUCUGGCCCUGCUGACCAAAGUGGGCGAGUCGGUGAAGCACGUGGCCGGAGGCUACAAGCUGCGGGCGCGGCCGGCCGAGUUCUGCGCCAUGGGGGAGUACCUGGACACCUUCAGCCAGAAACUGGGAACCAUCGACCGCAUCGCUCAGAGGAUCCUCAAAGAGCAGUCAGAGUACCUAACAGAGCUGCGUGAGUACGGCACUGUGUACUCCAGCUGGGCGGUGUCGGAGGAGGAGCUGCGGCGCCCCCUGGAGGGCGUGGCCAGCUCCGUGACAACGUGCUGCGGCGCGCUGGAGGACCUGAGUGAGAACAUGAGCCAGGACUUUCUGCCUGUACUCAGAGAGUACGUCCUCUACAUAGAGUCCAUGAAGAAUGUUUUGAGGAAGCGAGACCAAAGCCAGGCGGAGUACGAGGGACGACUAGAAGCCGCUGUAUUGCGCAAACAGGAGGACAGAACGCCCAUGCCAGCCGAGGUAGAGAAAUGCCAGGACAAAGUGGAGUGUUUCAACGCUGACCUGAAGGCAGACUGGGAGCGCUGGCAGAGCAACAAGAGACAAGACUUCAAACAGCUUCUCACCAGCAUGGCCGACAAAAACAUCAACUACUAUGAAAAGUGCCAGGCAGCGUGGGAGUCGCUCAUAACUCUCCUCCAGGAAAAACAGACUGAGGACAAAAGGGGUGAGACGAACUGAAACACGUCCUCAUGCCUCUGCCCCCCCCAUGUCUUUCUCCUGCUCUGUAUCACACACACACACACACACUCAUGCCAAGGAAACGGACCAACUGGGCAGCAGGUUGGAACUGCUGGACUUUUGCCCCUGUUCCACCGGGAGAUGAUUGUACAGAGGGGGAGUCGUCUCUCUCAGUGAACUGACCCGCGAAAGAGGUAAUCAACGGUGCAUUCAUGGGCAGCGGGGAAAGAUGAGAGAGUUACUAUGUACAGACUUGUUUUGUUUUUUUUUGUCUUGUUUUUUUUGUUGCCGUUCUUAUUGACUUUUUCUACUUCAUAUUUCCAAGUAACGUUCGGUUGCCAAUGCUAUUCGUCUUUAUUUAACUGCGGUCUCAGAGAAGUGCGUUUUCUUUCAGUUCUCUCCACUUUCACAUUGAGACGAAUGUGAAGGAUAACUAUUUACCAUUGCAGAAAACAUUUUUUGAAGGCAGAUACUGAUAUUUUGAGUGGGUGUGAAGUAUCUUACAUUAAAGUAAAGCUAUUCGGAGCAUCCACAAUAUUCCUUUCCCCGUCGGGUUGUAAACGGCUCUGAAAACAUAACGCUAAAACUCUCCACUGAAGCGAGACUCAAUAAAAUUCUUUUUCAUCUCUUAAAGGCAUCAUAUUGGUUGUAAAUAAGAAGCCAAUAUUUUACACUUAACAACCGUACUCAUUAUUUUUGCAUGUAUCAACCCAUAAAACCCUGUAUUUGCCAUUACUGUUGACCACUUUCCAGAAGUUGGUAAACUUCACAGUUUUCCUACUUUCCCUGCAAUCUUUGUUUUUAAGAAAAUCUACUUUCAGAGACACGCAUUUGCUGUGGCAUCAGAGGUUCACAACCUGGCCUUGUGUUCGACCAAAGGGCUGCAAGGGAAAAGCAGGGAGGCGCAGCGACACAUGUCAAAACGAGACCUCAGUAAAAGCCUCUGUUAUUUUGACAAAGGGAAACUUUAGGAUUCUUUGGCUGUUUUUGGCCCUCACUUUUACAGAUAACCAGACAGGAGGCAAAGCUGCAUUUGACAAUGACGGCACAAGUGUGGGUGUCUGAGUUGAAUGUGGUGCUUUCUUGUUGAGCUCGAUUUGGUUACAUACUGCAGCACCAUCUGGUGGCCAAGCUGUUACUAGUUUUCAUCCUCAUGAAACUGCCGGCUGAACAGUGCUCUACCUCUGUUGGUUUCUCUUGAUAUCACAUUUAUUUUUACCACGGCCAUUUGUACCUGCUGUAGCGACUUCAGCUCUCCUCUAGAAACAAAGGCCUUAACUCAGUUGGGGAUGCUAAAUGGCACACUGGACAGAUUUGCCUAAUGAAAAGACACAGAAGGAAUUGAAGGUGAAGACUCCAUUUGUAUACUUUAUUAGUAAACUUUAUUUCUCUUUUAAACAAUUGGAAAUGAUUAGGUGUCAAUGUUCAUGAAGAACUUUUUAGAGUCAGAUGUCCUUUUCUUGCAGUAAACUGCCUCAGUGACUCAUUUACAUAAGAUCUCUGAAGCAAAAACAAGAAAAAAAGAAAUCUUGGGGAACAUUUGGCAUUAUCACACUCCUUUCAUAGGAUUUGUGUCUUGUUUUAGGAAAAGUAAAUCUAAUGCUGGAUAGAGUUUAGAGCUGUCAGGUUAACAUCUGUCUACUUUGGAGUUGUGCAAACACAAGAGGAAGUGGAUAAGUCGCUGCUGAAAUGAGUUUAGGGAGCGCUCCCUGGGUCAGAGCCACACAUUUCAGAAACUACAUUCUGAGUGAUAAACCCUUUUACUUUGAAAGCUAAUGCCACUUGUUUUCAGCGACCAGUUUUCUCCUAGUAUGAACCUAAAUGACUCUGUAACGUGGACAUAUUUUUGAGGUUGUGUUAUCCUUAGCUGUGACUCACAGGAAACAUUUUUUAGAAGAUGUAGCUGCACUGCAGCAUGAAUGACGCUUUAUGCGUCACUUUUUUCUUUUUUUUUUUCCCCCUCCAGAUUGUUGCUGAUGUGGCCUUGCUUUGAAGGAAAAGAUAUAUUCUGCUACACUUCAAUGCGUAAUAUUCGCUGAACCCACUUCAAUGAUUUCCAACUUUUCCUAACAUGUAUUUGACCAUACAGGGAUGUACUGUAGGUUGACAGUUAAAGCAGUAGUGGUAUUGCUGAGAGUUUAGCAUUUUUCCCUCCCAUAGUUAAAAACUUCUAUCCUUUUUUUUUCCUCUCCGUCCUCAGCUGUAUUGUUAGCUCAGUACACUGAGCAUAAAGUAGCAAAAACUUGACCACUGAUACCAGGGCAGACUCAGUCAUGUCACAUCUUUUCAGAACCACUCUUACAAAGAUUUUAAAUUCUGUUAAUUGCAAGGAACAGAUAUCGCCACGUUGUAGCGUCUAAAACAGGGGGAGACAUUUUUUUUUUUCUCGGUCACAAGUAAUAAUAGUUUGCUGAAGAGUUUCUUUAGUGUCCUUUCAUUUAUUGACAGGAUUUUCUGAAACAAGGUGCUGAUAUGGGGAAAUGACAUAGCAAAAUGGCUAUAAUCUCAGCUUUUUAUUUUUAUUUUUUAGCGCUUCUAGAGGCUUUAUUAAAACAUCAAAAUCUCCUUUGUUACGUUUCUUUUAAAUGGUGUCCUUUUUAUCUGAUCAUUUUUGGAUGCUUCUUCCUCUGAUUUUAAGUUGAUGUCACUUUACUGAGCCUGCCCUCAGUGUAGCCAAAUGCCAGCACUAUAAGACAGCGACGAAAUGAAGUGACUGCGUCUGCUUGCGAGCUGGUUUUAGUGCUUUGUCAGUUCUUUUUUUUUUUUUUUUUUAUGUCCUUCAUUCCCUUUGAGCUUUGAAAGCAUGAAGCAGCUUCUGCUUCCUCUUACUACCAGAAGUCAACGAGGUGACUCGUGAAGAACAUUGUAUUUUUAAUUGUGUGUGUUGAAUACAGCCUGUUAGAUGGAGCAAGAAGAGUAGCUGUGGUCCAGUGUAGAGGCGGGUACAGCAGACAGUACUAUGGAUGCACUGAUGCUAAAAGGUUACAUUUCUCAGAAUACCAAAAUAUUAAAAUCCUGUAUUAAGAGCCAGAGUCAGAGGAGUCUCUGUAUUGUCUGGUUCUUUCACAUAUACUGUAGAAGAGGAUCUCCAUUUUUAUCCUCAAACCACUGCUUUAAACGUUACAUUAUAAUUUAGAGUUUUGCUACCUUUCCACAUUUUCCAUCCUUUUUAUGUUACUUGUCACAACUUAUAUAAACAUGCGCCACAAUUAAAGUUAUGUUAUUCAAUUAUCAACAGCAGGAACUAUAGAAAGGUAAAGCACUGAAAUUAAGCAAAGUUAAAGGUACCCUGUAGAGCUUUUGACCACUAGUAGCGCUGCGGAGCAGUGUUUUCGUGAGCAGAUCCCUGAUGGGUUUGUAUCUCAAGGAAACACACAAAGCGUUUCGGUAAGAAAACCUGAAUGGAAACAGAGAUUUGUUUGUUUACUAGAAAACUCCACAGUGCGCCUUCUUAAAGCAGUUUGGUUUUAUCAGACUGUAAAGUUUUACAUUUCAUAAUCCGUUCACCAUUACAUAUAAGCGCACUGGUGAACUCCACUAGGAAAAGAUACAGCAGGCGGCAUCAGACUUGAUUUCCCCAUCUUUCUAGCAAAAAUAAACAUUUCAACCAGUAGCUAAUGUUCACUGUGACCCAGGUACAUUUUAAGAUAUUGACUUGAUGAAGAACUUAGGAAUAGGAAAAUGUAGCAAACAUGAUAUAAGUUUUAAAAAUGAACUGAUAGGAUGUCAAGAAUAACUCUGACCACUCUUUUCCUUUUAGUUCUGUUUUGUUUACUGGAUCAGAUCGGUACUUGGUAUCUGUUUGUGGACAGCCGAGCACUGUGAGUCGUUGCCAUCAGAGCAGUGAUUUUUAAAACGAGGCAUCGAUGCAUCUGUACACUCUCCUGCUCUCUGGUGUAAAUGAAGUAACUGUACCGGCCUGCACAGGUUCUGAGAUCAUUCAGAGUUGACUGAAAUUUCUUUUUGCUCCAAUGGCAAUGUUCUGUAUUUUCAGUAUACUGCAAUGUACAGCUUAAUUAUAUACAGUACAGCUGAGUCUAUAUUUGUAUAAUAAGGAGAUCGUCGUCGGGGUUCCAGUGAAUAUGUGAAGAUUACUAGAAUACAUUUUAGAAGGGAUUUUGGAGAUUUGUACUAAUGAUGUAAGCCUGGCAUAACCAAAAUAUGAGGAAUGAAAAAUUUUGUUUUUAUUUUUGAUGCUCAUUGGAACCCUGACGAUAGUUUUCCGAUGAAUAUACUUUACCUUUUACUCAUAGCCAUUGUAAAAGCCCCAUCCUAUACAGUGUGCCUGCUGAAUUAUUUUUGCACUAUAUAUGUAGCUCCAACCCCUGGCAGAAGUGUCUGUUGGGUGGGGGGGAAAAAAAAAAAAAA